CGGGGAGAAUUGCGCGCGCGGAAGCUGCAGCCGGAAGUGAUCUCGGCUGAAGGGAAACGGCGGCCGGUUCAGGAUUUGAAUCUAUCAAAGUUCUCCACAAUCUUCAAACAUCUUCAAUAAUAUGGCAGACCCAAAGGAGCAAGAGGACCACGACACCACUGCAGACAAUGCAGAGGACUCCAAUCAUGAUCCCCACUUCGAGCCCAUCGUGUCUCUUCCUGAGCAGGACGUGAAGACGUUAGAGGAGGAUGAGGAGGAGCUCUUCAAAAUGCGUGCUAAACUGUAUCGCUUUGCCACCGAGAACGACCCACCUGAAUGGAAGGAAAGAGGAACCGGUGACGUGAAACUGCUAAAACACAAAGAGAAGGGCACAGUCCGCCUCCUGAUGAGGAGAGAUCGAACCCUCAAGAUCUGUGCCAACCAUCAAAUCACGGUUUCUAUGGAUUUGAAGCCCAUCACUGGCAGUGACAGAGCCUGGGUGUGGAACACAUUGGCAGAUUAUGCUGACGAAUGCCCCAAACCUGAAAACCUGGCAAUCCGCUUUUUAAAUGCAGAAAAUGCUCAGAAGUUCAAGGUGAAGUUUGAGGAGUGCCAAGACGACAUCAGAAAAAAUCUAAAUACAACAGGCGACUCCGAUAGUGCGAACAAGGUGGCAGAGAAGCUGGAGGAGCUCUCCGUAAAAGACAAGGCGUCAGAUGGAAAGAAGGAAGAGGACAAAAAGGAGUCUGAGAAGAAGGAAGACGAGAAAAAAGAGGUGACAGCAGAGGAGAAGAAUUGAGAACCAAGAACUUGCUUUGCUGAUCUUCAAUUUAUCCGUUUUUCCUCUUUUUCUACUAUGGACUCUAAAUAAACUGAAUUUGGACACUUGCAUAUUAUUAGGUUUUUAUCUGUUUUGCCUCAAGAUCACAAGUCCUUGCCGCCACUGGGGGGGGGAAGUAGAAGAUAGUGAAUUCAUGGGGAAAACACGAGCGCUCACCCUCCCAUUGGAUGCCACACUUUCCAUCCUGUCAUCUCCAGUUCAAUGUUACUCCAGACAAACUGUGAAAGGAGGCUUGUGAUCAUAACGAUUCCCACAUUGGGGUGUUUUUGUUUUUGUUUUGUUUCUCUAAAACGGAGUACGUAGGAGGAGAGGAUUAAAAUGUAGCCUGCUUCCAGCAGCUCAGGGUCAGGGACCAGGCAUUAUGGGCGUGGUGCAGCUCAGUGGGCCUUCUCACUCUGUCCACUGCUGGCGGCGACUUCUCAGUGGACGCCUUGUAGAGGCAGCUUGAUGGUUUCUCCUCUGUCGGGAGGGCAGCUGACUCGAAGAGAAAUCCACUCCGAGACAGUUUGACAGGCAUCGGAGGACGGCUGCAGAUCGCAGCGUCCUCCGAUUGAUAAGAGAUCAGAUGCACUCAGCUAAGUUUUUUGUUUUUAAAUCUGAAAACCCUUCAUUUCCAAAGUUAACGGUUCAUCAGUUUUUGGGCAGCUAUGCUCUGAUUUUCAGUUCCUCGCGAAAAGCAAAGUUUAUUUUUUUGUUUUGUUUUUUAAACCAUAACAUUCCCAGAAUUUCAAGCAUGUAGAGUAUAUGUACCAGAGUGUGUCCUGUUUGAUCCGUGUGCUCACCACCCGCUCCUCUUCUGUCCACUAAUUGAGUUCUUAACCUUGCCUCUGAAGUGCAUCGAAGUGCCAGUGCAUCUGUAAAUACAUGUGUAUGGAUGAAAUGUUGCUUCUCAUUUGCACUCAAAUGAUGGGAAAUGUUUCUUCCAACUUCAAAUAAAAGCUGUCAAAGACCUCAAUCCU